AGUUUUAUUAGAUUUGCGCGAAAAGACACAUCAAAUAAUAUAUCGGUGAACUUUUUCGGUUCAAUUAUCGACGGGUAAUAAUUGCCAUUUGACAUUUGGAUUUGCCAAGGGGGUUGAGGAGAGUGGAGGGGGGGUUUUUCAACCACAAAAACCGAAAGUUGCUCCGUUAGAGAAUGUGGAGAAAGUUUGGAGAUCGCGUACAAAAAUAUGUAGAUUACUCUCAGCACCAUAACAUGAACAUACAAGCCUCAACCUAUAACUUGGAGUAAUCCCAAACCAUAAGAUAUGGAUGAAGCUGAAAUGACCUCGCAGGCAAUUUUGGAUAAUUCACGGUUUUACGUUCAAAAAGUUUUGAUACCGAUCCUACUAUGUUUGGGAGUAGCAGGAAGCAUUGUCACUGUCAUGGUGUUAACAAGGAGAAGAAUGAGGAGUUCGACCAACACCUAUUUGUCGGCAUUGGCUGUGGCCGACAUAAUCCAACUCAUCUUUGGUUUUUUGCUGUCCUUCGAACAUUACAACAACAUUCACGACAAAAAGUACGAACUGUACUGGAGGUUCUACGGACUCACCCACUGGCUAUGUGACGCUGCGAGCGCCACGUCAGCCUGGCUGGCAGUCUCAUUCACCGUGGAGCGCUACGUGGCCGUCUGCCACCCCAUGAAGGGCAAGCAGUUCUGCACGGAGCGCCGCGCCAAGAGCGUCAUCGUGGUCGUGUACGUCUUCUGUCUGCUGACCACCGUCUCGACGGCCUUCGAGUACCAGCUGACGUUCCGCGAAGAGUGCCUCGAAAGGUGUCCCUCUACGUCGGAGGCGCGAAACGAGUCGUACUUUCUGGACGAGUACAACAUUCCGAGGAGCGUCGCGAAGGCGGCUGUGGAAGAGGCCGGUGUGGGUAGCAACUGCACCGUGAUACUGUUUCCCUUGUAUUUUCUACGACAGAGCAGACCGCCUCCAGGUCUGAACGCCACCUUCGAUAAUCACACGUCGAAACGAGCGGUAACGGACGUGAACAUGUCUGAAGAUUUGUCGAGCGAUCGCAACGAAACUUCGUUAGAAAACGUGACUUGCUGUGUACAGAAUCUCACGAUCUUCGUCGAAUCGACCGAUUUGGGAAAAAGCAAGGUCUACACCGAUUUCAUUUACUGGUAUAGCGCACUGUUCUUCGGCAUGAUACCAUUGGCUCUGAUCGCAACCUUCAAUUGUUUCUUGGUGAGGGCCGUGUACCUCUCGCAGAAGAUACGGAGGGUCAUGACAAAUUCGCAGGACAACGUAUCAUUUGCUAACGAAAGAAGAAUAACUACCAUGCUGAUUGGCAUCGUUUUCAUAUUCAUCAUAUGUAACGCUCCAACUGCAUCAUACCUGAUUUAUAGUCAUUUCCAUAAGCCCAAGAAUAAGGUGGACGAAAAUGUAACAAAAAUUUUGGGCAAUUUUUUCAAUCUACUCCUGAUGUUGAACGCUCCCUGCAACUUCCUGAUCUACUGCCUGCUGUCGAGAAAGUUUCGCAGCACGUUCUGGAAGAUCUUCUGGCAGCGGCGCAUCAAAAAAGCAAAAUUGCUCGAAGCCGAAACGAUGCUGCUGUCUUCGAUGAAGAGCAAAGACAGGUUCAAUCCGUACAGGCACGGCCUGAUGAAGCGAAACGCCUCCGAGUACAAAACUCCAAGGAACUUGGAGACACAAAGUUUGACCAGCAUGCCAAGAUCCAAAUCGCUGAUGGUUCGACCAAUGGGCAAAGCCAAAUCGAGCGAUUUGAAUGUUUGAACAACACAGGACUUCAAUAAUGGCAAAAAAAUUCAUUUACCACUUGGUCUACUCAAAGGAAUGAAUAAAGUUUCAACACCAAGUGAUAAUCAACGUCAAGUCAAUCAACAAGACCUUUCUCUGAAUACAGCCAAGAUCUUCGAUUCAAGACACUAUUCCAUGAUUCUUUGAUACUGAAGCUGUCGUCUAUUUUCCCGAUUCCUACCUAAUUCGUUACUUGAGAACAUACUCAAGAUAUAGAUGUUGCCUGUAGGCCUGUAGCAUAUUUUGAAGAUACCUUUUGAUUGACCGGAAUUCAGGAAUAUUAAUGAACUUUCAUAAAGUUUUAUGAUCAAGAUGAGAUUACAUGAUACAAAACAUGCAGAAAAAUAUAAAUAGUUACAAGAAAAAAAAAGUAGAUUUCAGCUCCAGGUUGUGUUGUCUCCCGACGUGUAGCUGAGGGACAAAAAUCCGUGACCUUAAAUCUAAUAUUUUUCCACACUAUUUUUUUCUGUGACAGGAAACAGAACGAAUCAACAUUGAGAAGAUAUUACAUUAUAUUAAAGAAUGAUACCUGCGUAGCAGGCAUCUUUUUGCACGCAUCGUUAUCAUUCUUCUGAAGUAAUCAAAUAUCUGUUAGUCAAAUUCUGUGAUUCGAUUUAAAAAAAAAAUGCGAAUUUACUGGUUGUUCAGCAAUUUACGGAACCGCCAAGUCGAAUGGAAGAUAAAAGGACUUGCAAUUCUUUUCCGGAAACGCUGUUAUUGGCUUAUUUUUCAGAACUAUAGCACAACAAAAGCCAUCAACAGUGUAUGUGAUAUAUAUCCCGGAAAAAAGAUCUCAGUGUUUUUUUCCGUGGGAGAAAAGUAAUUUAUGAAAAGUGACAUUUUACAACCUGUCAACAGAGAUGAAAUUUCAAACUUUUUUCACGUCACAGAAAAAACAUAUUGAAAAUAGCAUUCACCAAGCUAUGAUUUUGGUACCAAUAGAUCAUAUCUUACGAAAAUCACCAGUACAAAUUCUUGUAAAGCUACAUACACCUAUUCGAGAUAGAAAAUAAGCAUAACGCCACCUAGCGGGAUUUAUGAAAGAUAUAAGCAGCCCGUCUACUCUGUUUACCUUCGGUAUUUGGUCAUGAUUAUUGGUUACAUCCAUCAGAACAAACCGCUCAGAAGUGUUCAAGUUAUUGGCGUCAGGUGGAGUGACGUGCUAUUUUCUAUCGCGAAUAGUAUUAUUUCAACUGUAAUAGUUAGUGGUUAUAAAUGUGUUAAAACAGCAGUGAAAUUGAAAAACAUGCUAAUUAUCAUAAUUUCAAAUAACAUGCUUUAGUCAGAGUACCUGCAACUGCAUGAUGAUGAUGACAACAAAAUUGGCAUAUCCGAUCUAUAUAAGUACUGAAGCUCCCAGUACGUUCGUCAACUUUAAUGUGUUUUUAUGAUAGAUGCAGAUGAUAGAUAGGUUGUUGGUACUUAAUUAGAUUGUUUGUAAUUAGUUUUGUAAUUAUUCACAUUAUUUGUUAUAUUUUGCCAAAUCUAUUAUACAAUUUAUUGAUUAUUAAUAUAAUAUAGGAAUUU